AUGAGAGCUAGUUUAUUGACGUUAGUUUGCUUUCUACAGCUUCGCUUCCAACAAAAGCAGUGCGACGGUGAGAUGCUACUCGAGCUAACGGAGAGUGACUUGAUCAACGACUUUGGCAUCAAUGAUCGAAUACAACGCGAGCGUAUUCUAAGUGCCAUCGAGGCCAUAAAUACGAGCAAUGCAUUUUCCGACGAAGAAGACGAAGAAGAUGAUGACGAAGAUGACGAAGAUGAAGUCGAGGAAAGCGAAGAUCACACGUCACAUCUGAGGCGUUCGGGUGGAGGAGGUACGCGUAUCUAA